AUGGAGAACAGUGAGGAAAGUGAGGAAGAUCCCGAGGAAGAUCCAGAGGAGGAUCUAGAGGAAGAAUCUGAAGAAGUUUCUCAAGAGGAGAACUUUGAAGAAGAAGAGUUAUCAGAUGAGUCAGUCGUCGAGGAGUACCGAAGUAAACAUUUCUGGUCCAAUGUGCGGAGGUACCGCAAUUUGAGAGAAGAUGGAGGGCUAGUAAAUGGCCAGGCACAAGUGGUUUUGAAUCAGGUGAAGUCACUAAUAUCAGCAUUAAGAGUUAUAAGUUGUGUUAACAGAAAAGAGAAGAGUUAA